AUGGUUGAGAGCAUAUACGAGGCUGAUGUUGUUGUUGCUCAGACCAACGUGCAAGGUAUGGAGCGGGAGUGGGUUAGGAAGGCUAUGUCGGCCUUCCAACGGCAGCUCAAAGAGCCCGACCAUGUUUGGAUAAGGCGCCCAGAGGCCCGCAAGCAGUUCGGACUGUCGGACUGUGACCUCGACGACCUGGCAUCCUUCCACAAGCAGAACCCAUACGAGUCGGAUGAACAGUCGUGGACCCUCUACCGGUUGCCUGAUGUUAUACAGUGUGCUAGGAAGAAGUACAAGUCCGAGGAGACCAUGGCGAUCCGCUACAAGCACUACCUCGAGUCGGAAGCACACAAGAGUCGUCAUAGGCUCAACAUCUACGGCAUGGAUGAUGUAUGGGACGACUCAGCUGAGGAGGCAGAGGCUACCCCUUCUCUAGCAAUAUGGAGGAAAUGGUCGGCGAGUGACAAGGCCAUCAGUGGUGCCGCGAGUGUGUGGCAGGGUCUGCUCUCCAAUGUUGGUAUUGCUAGCAUAAAGUUCAUAGUGUGGAUCUCGACGGGGAGCAGCGCUGUAUUCGCCGAUCUGAUGCAUUCUGGAGCUGAUGUUGCCAAUUAUGGGUACCGGUAUAGCUCGCUGCUGGCUAGUUUUGGGAAGGGACGAGAUAUACAUCAUCCAUACGGAUAUGGUCGGCAACGUAACAUUGCGGCUGACAGGUCUUUUUUCAUCCUCACUGCAGUGGGUGGUAUGAUACCGAUGUACACGGCAACCAAAGACCUAUUCUCGCAUUACUAUAGCAGUAUGAUGGUGUCGUCACUGCCCGCCACAACGGCUACUUCUACGGCUCUUGGUGGGUCGAUGCUGGGCUUGGGCUCAGGCAUAGCUCUACCGGUUGGGAUGUUCCUCGUAUCGGCGUCCUUGGAGGCACUUGCGCUGAACGAAGCAUAUCGAGAGCUCCGCCAGCAGAAUGUGGCCCUCUCUGAGGCGAUUCGAUCUGGAGCCGACGUCAUGCCAGUCGCGACGUUUCUGGAGGCUGGCAGUGGUAUCCUUGGUGCUGCGAUAGGGAUAGUGGGAGUGGUACGUGCCCCUAUCGCUUGUCUCUGCCCUUCCCUAGAGGCUCGUUCAGGCACACAGCUUCUGCUUGGGGCGACCCUCCCAAGUGAUGAAGUUGAGAUGGUUAUUCGAUCACUAGAGGCCGACCCAGUAGUUGUCGGAGUCUAUGAUGUUAAGACGGAGCUGGUUGGCACGACGACAGCUCGAUUCAAGGCUGAAGUUGAGUUUAACGCAGAAGCAGUGACGAGGCGUCGGUUGAAGAUAACCCAGGCUAACGAGGCCGUGACGAGCCCAGGGCCGACGUAUCGGGCGCUCUGGCCGUACGGAAGGGCAUCGUUACAUUUCAAAGUGUUGUCAUAUUUCAAGCAACGCAAGAAGAAGAGUGCUCCUUCCGCACCCCCAUGCAUUCACAGUCUUAAGGACGAGUAUACCCUGCCGGCGGUCCUGCGGACAAAUAAAGGACUUGUUCGUGGAGUGUGGUUGUCAUUCGAGGCACUUGAUUGGUUCACGCCCCUCCCUAGAGGAUCAGGGGAGCUGAGAGAUCUCCUCAUCACAGCCUUUGACUUGGAGAAGAUCGCCACUUUCAGAGCCGGUAUGGACAUUAACCCUCAAGUGGAGCGGAUAGGGCAGGGGAGUUACUGCCAAGUGGUGGCUGACGACUCUGUGGCUUUGCGAAGGAUGUCAUCGAGAGAGACUGAACGACUGCAGUUGCGGUUCCCCGAGAUGAUGAUGAGGGCUGCCGACCUCGGAGUUACCGGACGUGUGUACGGCUAUGGUUGGUGUCGUCAGCAUAUGGGCGGUCGAGAUCACAGUAUGUGCCUCGUACAGGAGAGACUAGUCCCUGUCGAAAGCCUCUCGGAGAUAGAUGAGGACCAGCUGUUUGAAGUGGUCACUAAGCUUUCUAUAUUGACCUUUCAUAACGAUCUUAAGUUGGACAAUAUUAUGAAAGAUCCUCGAGAUGGCUCGUUGAAGCUGAUAGACUUCGAUUUGGUCUCGCCGGACUGUCUCGUCAUCCCCGUUACAGCAUCACAGAAUAUCAUCAUCAACUGCAAGGAGGAUUUCCCCAACUUCUCUGAGAACGCGGUAGAGUUCAGAGCAUAUUAUGACUACUUCACAUUCUCUCUCACAUUAUCGGGUGCCUCACAGCUAUACACUUUAGUGCUCAAUAGACUCAUUGCUCUGGGCAGAAGUCUCAAGCCGUUCCUCGAAGGAGUAGUUGCAGUGUUAUCGACCGGUCAGUUAGCCGCGCCGCCUUUUGAAGCCCUGGUGAGGGAGAAAAGUAUCAACGCUGUCACUGUGAACAUUUUCGACCUGUAUGGCAACGCGGUUGCUCACGGUAUGAACGAGCCGCCUGAGGGGGCAUUCCAAUUGAUCGAGUCCAACGGCGUGUACGCUUUCCGUGAAGAGUGA